GUGCCCGCCUGCAGCCCCCCCCCCACUCCCGACAGCCAAGUCACAGCCUCCAGGGCACCUUUCGGCAAGCGGGUGGUGGGUCCUGGACUCAGAGACCAGAACGUGGGCUUCUGGGCAGAGAUGGCCCUGCAAAGCCAGGUGUGGUCUCCGGCCACACCCAUGCCCAUGGCAGAGAGCUCCCUCUACCGGCAGCGGCUAGAGGUCAUCGCGGAGAAGCGGCGGCUGCAGGAGGAGAUCCGCGCCGCGCGCCGGGAGCUGGAGGAGGAGAAACUCCGUGUGGAGCGGCUCAAGAGGAAGUCUCUCCGGGAACGCUGGCUAAUGGACGGGGCAGCUGAAGAGCCAGAGCGGCCCCAGGACCCCACCUCACAGGACCCGCAUUCACCUGAGGACCAGGCUCAGGCCCGCAUCCGGAACCUGGAAGGCAGCUUGUUCACACUCCAAUCCCAGCUGCAGCUGUUACAAAGUGCGUCCACAGGUGCCCAGCACAAGCCCGCAGGCAGGCCCACCUGGCGCCGACAGGGUCACCGUCCUCUGUCCCAGCCCACCGUGGAGGCAGGUCCUGCAGGCCAGACUGAUCUAAACAAGAGAGCCUCCAUACCAGCCGGACCAGUGGGCACAUACCCAGAGUCCCCCUCUAAGUCCGGAGACGAGGCUGUCGGGGCUCCACCAGCCCCAAGGAGGAUCCCCGGGGCAGCAGGGCCCUCCUCAGAAGCCAAUGGCCCCUGCCCUGGAUCCAGCCCCCCUCCGGAGCAGGAGCCGAGUCAGGGAGGGGCAGCAUCUGAUGGGGGAGUGAAUGAGGCCAAAGGGGGAGGCAUGGUGAAGGUGGUGUGGGAGGGGCUAAGGGCCACGGAGGACUGUACCGCGGGGGCCACAGGCCCGGAGCUGGAGGCUAAGGUGGAGGAGAUGGUCAUGGAGGCCAUCGGGGACAGACAGGAAGCCGGACGCCCAGAGCUCCCUUCGUGGGUCAGGGAGGACAGGGGUAUCGUGGAGGUGGUCUGGGAAGGGGUGGGAGGCACAGAGGGCAGCGACUCAGAGGCCGUGGGGGAGGCGGGCAGAGGCCUGGAGGCUGCACAGACCAGCUCACUGAGGCUCCAGGAGGGACCGGGGGGAGCAGCUUCUGGGGAAGGGGAAGGUGCCCCCAGGGGCAGCCCUGAUGGUGAUGGGCAGGGGGGCUUUGGAGGAGCGGAGGGGUCCUUCAUUUGGGUGGAGAGAGUGACCCUCAGUGAGGAGUGGGAAGAGCUGGUGGUGGAGGGUGUGGAAGGGCCAAAGGCACUGGGAAGGGAGGGAAAGGAUGAGAGUCCACCGGGGGCAGGCGGCAGAGGCGGGGAGGAAACGUGGGAGGUGGAGAGGAGGUGGGCAGAGGAGUCAGCGGGGAAGAGAGGAGGUGAGGGAAAGGCAGGCGCGGAGCCAGAAGGAGCAGAGAUGUCACUGGUGGUGGAGAGGAAAGGAAGCGAGGAAUCCUUGGAGCCGGAGAGGAGAGGAGUCGAGGAAAAGGUGGAGACAGAGAUGGGAGGAGGUGACAAACCACUGUCGGCAGAAAGAAAAGAAGUUGAAGGACCUCUGGGGGCAGAGAGGGAAAGAGGCGAGGAGCCGUUGGGAGUAGAGCAGAAAGGAGGUGAGGAAAAGUUAGAGGCAACUGAAGAACCAUUGGUGACAGAAAGAAAAGAAGGUGAGGAAUCACUGAUGGUAGAGAGAACGGGAGGUGAGCAGCCGUCGGAGGCAGAGACAAAAGGAGAUGAGGAAUCACAGAAGGCAGAGAGAAUGGCCGGUGAAGAGCCAUUGCAGACAGAGAAGACUCAAGGGGUUGAGGAAGAUCUGAGUCCAGAAGAGCAGAGAGAGUCAGGAGGAGGAAAGGAAUGUCAGGCAGAGGAAGUGAGUGAGGAAGUGGCCCCCCUGGGGGCCAAGGAGGAGCCAAGGCCGGAGGAAGAAGGACAGCAGCCCCAGGAGAAGCAGGAAGGCUUCCCAGAAGCAGAAGCAGUGAAGCCCCAAACCUCUGAUGAGGGCCAGGACCCCUCUGGGGAUGCCACCCCCCUCCUGGCAGAGACCCCAGCUCAGGAGCAGCCUGCUGAGUGCCAGCCACUGCUUCAGGUGGAGGAGCCCAGGGCCAACCCCAGUGCCCACACUGUGCCCACCUAUGCGCCUGCCCGGCAGCCGGACCCAUCUGCCCCUCCUGAGGGCGAAGAGGCGAGCGGCCCUAAGCAGAAGACGUGCCAGUGUUGUGCGGUUAUGUGAGCCCACGCCCUCUACCCCGCUCCCAGCUCCUCUCACAGCUACCUCGGCCUCUUGGCAUCAGCAGAUGGUCCCAGGUGCAGACAGGGCACCACGGGACUGGUGAUGGCACCUGGGAGCCAGCUGGUCCACAUGUCCAUCUCUACCUGGGCUUCCGGACCCCUUGCCCGCUGCCUGUGACCCUGGCCUCCUUCUGUGACAAAGCCUUUAUACUUGAAAAUAAAAUGUUGAGCAUUUGGACAGUG